UCGACUCUUGUUUGGUAGCCUCGGGCACUCAGUGUGGUGAAGCGAUAAUCAUAUCAAACAACAGGUCGAAGUUUAUUAUCUGCAGAUCAAUACCAACCACAGGAUUAACAUAGGAUAGAGGGCCCCUCCAGAAACAGAAGUGAUACGUUUUACCCUAACUGGGACAUUGGGUCAGUUUCUUUUAGUUCUGAUGUGAAUGAACGCUUUGGGUGGUUGGCAUGGUCCAACAGUUAAAAUCUAGACUGGUGUCACUUGUGGAUAAGCUAAACUGAAGCUGGUGGUUCCUCAACUCACAUGAAGGCAGGAGAAGGAUCAUAACAUAUAAGAGCUCAUCUGAAAUACUGUAUUGGGGGUGGACAGUCUAAAAUUUAAAGACAGUAUCUAAGCACUGGACUGAAGUGGAUUAUUAUCAGUCUGUGGUGUGACGGUGUUCCUGUGAUGGGGAAGACCGGCCAGAGCACGGUGGACCUCAACUCCCCAUCGGAUGUGAAGCAGGCGGUGCCAUUUGAGGACCUGGACCACAAUAGUGUCCCUGUAGAAGAUGAGAAGAAUAAUAAUAUACCAGACAGAGGAUCAUGGAAGGGCAAGUUUGACUUCUUGCUGUCCUGCGUUGGAUAUGCCAUUGGGCUGGGGAAUGUGUGGAGGUUCCCAUACCUGUGUGGAAAGAAUGGUGGAGGAGCAUUUCUGAUCCCAUAUUUCACUACUCUGGUGUUUGCUGGUAUCCCGCUGUUUCUGCUGGAGACGUCGCUAGGACAGUUUACGUCAGUGGGGGGCCUUGGAGUAUGGAAACUAAUUCCCAUGAUGAAAGGUGUAGGUCUGGCCGCUGUGGUUUUGUCCUUCUGGCUCAACAUCUACUACAUCAUCAUCAUUGCGUGGGCUCUCUACUAUCUCUUCAGCUCUUUUAGAGCGGAGCUGCCAUGGCAAACGUGUGAUAACCCUUGGAAUACUGAGCGCUGCUUUUCCAACUACAGUCUGACGGAUACCACCAACCUAACCAGCACUGUCACUGAGUUCUGGGAGAGAAACAUGCAUCAGUUAACGAAUGGUUUGGAGGAGCCAGGAGAAUUGCGCUGGCCAUUGGUCGGGACUCUGGCAUUGUCCUGGAUCCUUGUAUAUUUCUCAAUCUGGAAAGGAGUGGAGUGGACAGGGAAGGUGGUGUAUUUCUCAGCUACUUAUCCUUACUUCAUGCUCUUCAUUUUGUUCUUCCGAGGAGUCACUCUCCCCGGAGCGAGAGAUGGCAUCCUCUUCUACAUCACCCCUAACUUUAACAAGCUUUUACAGUCUGAGGUGUGGUUGGAUGCUGCCACUCAAAUCUUCUUCUCAUAUGGUCUGGGUUUAGGUUCGCUCAUUGCUCUGGGCAGCUACAACUCAUACAACAACAAUGUCUACAGAGAUUCAAUCAUCGUGUGCUGUAUUAACUCCUGCACCAGUAUGUUUGCUGGGAUUGUCAUAUUUUCCAUUGUGGGCUUCAUGUCGUACAUUACAAAGAGGCCCAUUGAAGAACUGGCAGCCUCAGGCCCAGGUUUGGCAUUUCUAGCCUAUCCUCAGGCCGUCACCCAGCUGCCCAUGUCUUCACUCUGGGCCAUCCUCUUCUUCUCCAUGCUGAUGAUGCUGGGAUUGGACAGUCAGUUUUGUACAGUGGAAGGCUUCAUAACCGCUCUGAUGGACGAGUACCCCACAGUACUGAGGAAGAGGAAGAAACUCUUUAUCCUCAUUGUCUGCAUAAUAUCCUUCAUCAUCGGCUUCUCCAACAUCACACAGGGCGGCUUGUACGUGUUCAAAUUGUUUGACUACUACUCAGCCAGUGGAAUGUGUUUGCUUUUCCUGGUCUUCUUUGAGACAAUCUCCAUUUCCUGGUUUUACGGGGCAGACAAAUUCUACGGAAAUAUUGAAGACAUGAUUGGUUAUCGGCCGUGUGGCUUUUGGAAACAAUGCUGGAUAUACUUUACUCCAACAAUCUGUUUGGGGGUUUUCACAUUCAGUGCCAUUGAAAUGACUCCUCUGACACUGGGGAAGUAUGUGUACCCAGCCUGGGGUCAGGGCAUCGGCUGGUUAAUGUCCCUCUCUUCCAUGAUUCUCAUACCCGGAUAUGUCAUCUUUAUGUUCUUCACCUCCAAAGGCAGCAUCCGACAGCGCUGGCACAAGAUGACCAAACCUUCUGAGCUCAAAACCCCAGAUGCCAACGAUCUCACACAACACUCACAGACAGGAAGUAUGAGUGAAGCUUCUGUUUGACAUCAUCUCCUCCUGUACAAUUGGCAUUAAAGACAGUGAUGAGAAGAAAUGUACUAUUCCUCUAUUCCAUCCAUCUUUAUAUGCUGGAGAAUAAAAGUACAAAACAGAAUGAAGUGAACCACGCACACACAUUUAUCUGACAUGUUUAUUCCUUCCAUUUCUAAGUACAUCCCUCUCUGAAGUUGCCUUGAGCACAAUAGGUCUCCUAAUCCUGUGUCAUUGGGUGUUGGUAUAAAUCUAGAUGUGAUCCAGGCAGUUUGUAGGCCAUUCAUUGACACAUAUAAAGAAGCCCAUGCUGCAUUCCUGCAUUAAAUUCCUCAGACUUCUGACCUCAGAUACCAAUUGGGGAGUGAGAGUUUGUCUUAAAUGGGAUAGUCUGGUCAAUGUCAACAUAUAUUUUAUAAUGGCUUAUUUUGAGAGCCUAUUACUCGGCCUUGUUUUCAACUCAAAUUACAACAGGAACCCUUCAUUACUACUAUAUGCGUGCAGGAAAAUAAUGAAUGUUUAUAAGAACAGGAAAGAGGAACACGUUAUGUUUACUGUAUGAACAUUGCAAGCAUGUACAGUAUGAAUGGAGAUAUCAAUACAUAACUGUGACAUGUAAUUGUUUUACAAAUCUAUUACUUGACAGCUAAAUAAGCUUACAAGCUCAAAUAAUUCAGUAUAACCCAAAUGUAUUUGUAAGUGAGAGGAGUUUUUUUUUUCCUCCAAUAACUAUGUAGCCCAAAACAUAUUUGGACGCUUAAGCCAAACUUAAAGUAUAAAUGUCAAUACAUACACACCAAGUGGCAUUUAUUGUAAAGAAAGAUUUUAACAAAAUAAGACAAUGGUUAGUGGACUUUUAAUGUGAAGAACUACACCUGUGGUUAUUCUGCUUGAACACAUUUGAGAACCUGUUUUAAAAGUAAUUGCAAUAUGGCAAAUGUAUUUGCUAAAAAAAGCAUAAUUUGUUUACUUGUUGUUUUAUAUUUUUUCAAAUGCAAUGACAUUCUUACAUUUUAAGUGUGCCUUAAAUGGAUAGUCCACCCAAAAAUGUAAAUUCUCUCAUGAUUUACUCACUGGCAUCGCAGAUGUGUAUGACUUUCUUCUGCAGAACACAAAUCGAUAUGUUUAGAAUAUCUCAGCUAUGUAGGUCCAUACAAUGCAAGUGAAUGGGUGCCAACAUUUUGACGCUCUAAAAUCCACAUUAAGGGAGCAGAAAAGUAAUCAGGUGUUAAAUCCAUGCGUUCAGACACUAUAUGAUAGGUGUGGGUGAGAAACAGAUCAAUAUUUAAGUCAUUUGUUUUAUCAUAAAUUCUCCUCCCGGCCCAGUAGGGGGCGAUUUGCAUGAAGAAUGUGAAUCACCAAAAACAAAACAUGGAGAAAGUGAAAGUGAAGGAAAAAGGACUUAAAUAUUGAUCUGUUUCUCACCCACACCUAUCAUAUCACUUCAGAAGACUUGGAUUUAAUCACCAGAGUUGUCUGGAGUACUUUUAUGUUGCCCUUAAAAUGAUUUUGGAGCUUAAAAAUGUUGCCACCUAUUCACUUGCAUUGUAUGGACCUACGGAGCUGAAAUUUGUACUAAAAAUCUUAAUUUGUGUUCAGCAGAUGAAAGAAAGUCAUACACAUCUGGGAUGGCAUGAGGUGAGUAUUCCUUUGGGUGAACUAUUCCUUUAAGUGUCCCAUUACUUUUUGGGGCUACUGUGUUUAUUUUAAACAUUUAAAUAACACUACUUUAAUAUGGUUUACAUCAUCAAAAGAAACAAAUAUAUUUCUGUAUAUUGCUCUAAACUGCUGUAAUGUUUUGUGGCAGUACUAUUUUAAGUGAGUGAACAAUGAUGAAAAGAAAGUCGAGAAAAUGCAGAAAAAAGCUUGACCAAACCAUCAAUUCUAUUUGUUUUGCUUCAUUAAAGCCACAGUCUCCAUUUACAUUAUGUUACAGUUAAAGUGUAUAUAAUAAUAAGUACUAAUGAAUAAGUUGCAAUUAAUAAUGUAAUAUGUUGUGGGUCUGCUUGUAAAUACACUUUGUUAGUACUAUUACUAUUACUAUUGUAAUUAAUUAUAUUUACAUAUUAUGUGUUACAUACACUGUAAUAGACUUUAGGUCAGAGUAGCUGCCAUAUAUUAAAUUAAAUGAAAACAAGGCUGUGAAGGAAAGAUGGAUGGUUUUUCAUACAGUUCAAUUGGCAAUCACUCAGUCGUUCAGCCAAUGAAACAUUCAAAAUGACCAAAAGACAAUACAUUCUGAAAAACGUGUUGUGGAAAUUAGACAUGAACUAGGCCCUUAAGAAUAUAAAACUCUCAGCCUUUUUAUUAUCAUUAAAUUAAAUACGGUGUCUGAUUGAACAAGGCCAGUGUAAAGUGCUGCCAAAGCAACAAAGAUAACUUUUAUUUUGAUGAUUUUAUUUGUUUUUAUUCUUACUAGACAUUUUCUUGAUGGGUUUCAAAUUAAAUAAAGGUAAAAAAUGAACUGAUUUGAGUACAGCACUGUUGAAAAUGAUUCAUCAGCACAAUGUUCACAUUGUCAAGAUUAUCCACCCACUGAGAAACACAAAAUAACUGAAAGCCCUUAAAAAAACAUUUGGGUUAUAUUUCACCCCAAACAUAAGACAAAUGAAGCCUUGUUCAUUGAGAUUUUUUGCAAUCUGACAUAUUUGCAUUUUCAUGUCAGUCAAGUGCAUUUCCCCCCACACUUGUUACAUGAAUUCAUGUUAUAUUAAACAACUUUAAUGCAGAAUAAAACGAAUCUGAAUAAAAAAAUGAAUGAAAAAAAUAAAUACAAAUAAAUUAGUAAAUUAAAUUCACCCUGUGCUACAUUGACAGUACACACAAACACAUUGUUCUAAUAACCCGUAUUAAGCAUUUAGGCUCUGAAGACACAAGUUUGUAUGUUUAGCCAGCUGAAUUUUCCCCCAUUCAUCCAUUAUGCAGGUCUUCUGGCCUUCGUUGCCGUAUUUUGCGAAUCAUAAUGCACCACACAUUCUCAAAUGGAGACAGGUCAGGACUGCAGGCAGGCCAGUCUAGUACCCGCACUCUCUGCUUACACUUGUAACCCUUUUUGUGGUUUAAAAUAAAACAAAUAAAUAAAUGUAGUACAACAAAUACUACCGUGAAUUCGCAUUUUACAAAGAAAAUAUUUAUUUAUUUAUGUUGCAUUGCAAUAAUGAGUAUUAUACUUGCAUGGUGUUACAGGCUGCUGAAGAUUGGGUGUAUCAAUAUGUAUUUAAUGAUCAUGAAAAUGGAAACACAAUUGACUAAAAACUUAAAAAUAGCCUUUCUUUUCUUUAUCCUGAACUACUUGUUCAGUGUUUUUUUCCUCUUGGUUGAAAUAUGACUAAGACAGUUUUGCGAGAUUAUAAAAAAUAUUACAUAUUAUAAAUAUUAAAUAAUCAAGCAGACUAUAAUAUACAUCAGGGAUAAGACGACUUUGAAGGUGGCAAGGGCCAACAUUUUUCUCAUUUCUAGCAAGGGGCUGGAUUACAAAUACGUACUCACAAUGUUCAACCCCUUAUUCAAUUUCCUCAUUGUGGGUAAUCUAUACACAGCUAAUGCAAUGUGCUUUUAAAGAUUUUGUUAGCUGAAUUCAAAUUUUUAUUUAAUAAUAUUGAUAAAAACGUAAUUAUUUUUUUAUAACGCCACCAGCAGAGAGAGAGAGAGAGUCUGAGUCCAGAAGUUGGAAGCUAAUGAGUUGUUAUUGUGAAACUGAUGAACUUUGUGAAACUGUAAACCAGGAAGUUGGCAAGUAAAGAGCCUUACCUGUGUCUGGUGAAACCUGCUUCCCUGUGUUUUCCUGCCCUCUUCCUGUGAAGUUCUUUACAUGGGUAUUAGUUAAAAUCUUUAUAUUAUCGCCAAAAUCCCAAUAUUAUCAUCAAUAAGAAUACUGGAUACAAGAACAAAACAUUUCAGCACCACACCAGCUUGCAACACACACGGAGUGAACAGUCCCAUGCAUCAGAGAAACAUUCUCAGUAUUCGCAUCUCAAUAGUGAAAUAGCGAAACUUUUAUAUUUCUCCCUCUGACAACAGCUUUUUUAUUAUACACAAGCACGAGUGAAACAGAAUAAGAUGUCUUUGGUGAUCCUUGAGUUGUCAUGGGUUUUGUCAAAUGUUUUGAUGGCAAUAUAUUUUAACCUUACAUCUGCGAGGAGAGCAGCUCUGGCAGUACAUAUCUCACUGUACGUCUCUUUGAUAAGUUGAUCCGUUGUGCUGUGAUUAUA